AUGGGAACGGAGAAGGAUGUUUUAGAGGAACCAGCAGAGUUUCUGGACAAAACACAAAACCUAUUGAUUAAUAUCUUGAAUGAUCUUAGGGAAACAGUUAACAUUAUUUCUAAAGUCGACCCAAAAAGACAAAGUGAGCUUGAAAGUCACAUUAUUAGUUAUUAUAAAAAUGUGAAUGACCUUUCAAACGUUUUAAAUGCAAAGAUUAAUACCAUGUAUGACGGUUUUGAGUUCCAAGUUAAUUCUACUAUUGAAAGACUAAUGGUUGAAAACCUACAAUCAUUUGAAUCCGAAACUGAAAUCGAUUCAAAUAACAAAGAAGACCAAGGUUAUAGUAAUCUAACCUUGAAAUAA